CCGCGCCCCCGCGCGCGCCGUUCAGGGGGCCUCCGCGCAGCGCGCGAAGGGCACUCGGGGCGGGGUCGCUCGCGCUCUCUCGCCUGCGCGGCGAUGGGCGGGCCGCAGGGUUCACCUGGGAGCUGUGCUGUGACACCCAGUGGUGGGGCCCCCAGGGCAACCUCAAGUGCUGGGCGCCCGCCUCGGGCUUCACGCUCGAGCGGUGCUGCCCCCUGUGGCCCCUCGCCGGCAACGAGGUGGCCCUGCCGCAGCAGUCGCGGGCGCUGCUGCACUUCGGUCUGAGCAGCGGCGACCUGCUGCCCGUGGUGCAGGUCCCCCGCGUGCGCGGCGACGGGGAGCUGCCUGGCUGGCACCCGGCGUGGGUGGGCGGCGUCCUGUGGGCCGGCGGCGUGCUCCUCGGCCGCUGGGCCGACGCCUGCGCGGGCGCGGACUUCUGGCCCCGCAGGCGGGUGCUGGAGCUCGCGGCUGGGGUCGGCGUACCGGCGCAGGUGGCGCGGCGCUUCGGCGCCAACGUCACCGCCACGGACGUGUCGCCGGCCUCGCUCUGGGCGCUGCGGCGGAACCUGGCGGCCGCCGCGGCCGGCCGCGGCGGCCGCGUGGAGCGGGCGCGCGUGCUGCCGCUCGACGUGCGCGACGAGGAGGGCGUGCGGCGGUUCCGGCGCGAGGUGGGGACCUUCGACGUGGUGCUGGGCUCCGGGUGCAUGCGGGCGCCGCCGUGGAUCCCCCGGAAGUCCAAGCCGCCAUCUGGCGCGGGCUGGCGUCGCUGCUGGCGCCCGGGGGCGCCGCCGUCGUCGUGACCGAGGAGGCCACCGUCGACGCGCUGCAGGCCGCAGCGCGGCACGGCGGCGCGGCGGGCUCCCUCGCGGAGCCGCCGCUCGCGGUCGCCGCGCGCCUGGAGGGCUUCUCCCCGGGGGCGGGGCACGGCCACGCUCGCGGUGCUCGAGCUCGCCUCGGGGAGGGCGCCGGCGGGACGCCUCCUGGCGCCGGGCCUCCCCCGGGUCCCCGG